AUGUCACCAACAAAAUUUCUACCCAGCACAACUUCGCCACAUUUAAUCAGCUCAACAAUGCAACAUAAACCGUCAGCCAAUAUCAACAACAACAACAACAACAACGGCAUAUAUCCAAACCAUAACAAUGUAUACAACAACAACUACCAACACAACACAAAUUUUCUAACAACGACAUCAACAUGGAACAGUUACAGCAACAAAGACAUCAACAACAACGACAGCAACAACAAACUACAUUUCGUCGCGCAAGCAUAUAAGACAACAAUAUACCGGAGAAGAAACCAAGGUACGUACAGAAUAGACGGAGUUCAAAUGUCAACCUCCUCUACAAUCACCCUCAACAACAACAACAACAACAACAACGCAACAACAUCAAUCAUCAACAACAACACUGGCAACACAAACAACACACUGCAACCGGCACAAUUAAACGGCAAAUUAUCAACUUCCCUCUUAUCAAACAGUCUCAAUACGCCAUCUACUUCCGGUAGCAAAAAGAAAAAAAAGGCGCGAAAUCUCAAAACAAAGUCGAUGCUAAGUACGUCGCGGGAAUGGUAUGUAUAG